GGCGCGGUUAUUGGCCAAGCUCUGGGAGAAGGGUCGUGCUCCGAGGUGUCCUCCUCCCUCUUGCCUCAUUUUCUCUAAGCAAACCAACUUCGCGGACCUCGGUGCUCGCCCAUCAUGGAUGUUCCAGGUCCGCUGGUGCCUUCCUUCUGAGAACCAUUUGGCCUUGACCGUCUCAGCCAGCCGAGGAUCCAGCCUAGAGAAGGCUACUGCUCCCGUCCUGCGUGUUCCAGUGCGUACCCGGGCAUCCCUUCGGCCCCGGUCGGCCUUGGCGUCCUCGGGGCGCCCCCCAGCCCAGAUGCCCGCGCCUGGCCGGGACCCCCGAGGGCCACCGCUGAACAUGCCCGGGCGCCGGGGGGCGCUGCGUGAGCCAGCCGACUUUGGCUCCAGCCUGGGGGCGGCGCUGGCCCUGUUGUUGCUGCUGCUACCUGCCUGCUGCCCUGUGAGGGCUCAGAAUGACACGGAGCCCAUCGUGCUAGAGGGCAAGUGCCUGGUGGUGUGCGACUCCAGCCCAUCGGGGGACGGUGCCGUCACCUCUUCCCUGGGCAUAUCUGUGCGCUCAGGCAGUGCCAAGGUGGCCUUCUCCGCUACUAGGAGCACCAACCAUGAGCCGUCAGAGAUGAGCAACCGUACCAUGACCAUCUACUUCGAUCAGGUUUUAGUAAACAUCGGCAACCACUUCGACCUUGCCUCCAGUAUAUUUGUAGCACCACGAAAAGGGAUCUAUAGCUUCAGCUUUCACGUGGUCAAAGUGUACAACAGACAAACAAUCCAGGUCAGUUUAAUGCAGAAUGGCUACCCGGUGAUCUCCGCAUUCGCAGGAGACCAGGAUGUUACCAGGGAAGCAGCCAGCAAUGGUGUUCUGUUGCUUAUGGAAAGAGAAGACAAAGUUCAUCUCAAACUGGAGAGAGGGAACCUCAUGGGAGGCUGGAAAUACUCCACAUUCUCGGGCUUCUUGGUGUUUCCUCUAUAGACAUGCAGCCACCCUGACAGUGGGAAGGUUUUGAUCAGGAACCAGGGAUCUGCCCUCUGUAACACCUUGAACUUGUCGGAAUAGGAUGGCUUGGGCUGACCUUCAUCAGAUUGUUGCCAUAGAAGAAUGAUUUUCUUCUAAAGCUCCAGUAUUUUCUUUGACUAUUGACAAUUCCUCGGGAACCUGGCCUCUAAUUAGUUUUAGACGACAAGGUCUUAAGGAGAAAUGAAAUUAUCGAUUUGAGCAAUUUGUACCUGUGAUUGUAAAGUCGAUAUCGGAUUUUAUUGUUGGAACCACUGACUUACCUUCUAUUGUUUGUACGUUGUAUCCUUGUCCUGAUGACAUAGAUGCUGCUGACCCUCAGAUGGAUUGCACGCUGCAGUCAGGGCUUAACGCAAGAGCCCAGCAAAGAACCACCUACCAGAGAGUCCUUGACUUGUGUCUGUGUGUGUGUGUGUGUAGCCUUAAGAAAAAGAAUGGCUUCAUUUUCAUUCUGUAGCUUACCCCUGGGGUCUUGGGAGGAUGGGGAGGGAGCUGGGCAUCGGGGACCUGUCAAAAGUGCUUUAUCCUGAGAAGCAAAUUUUGCACGACUGAACUGCAACUUUUGUUUUGUAUUGUCAGUGAUUUUCUGUUUUCCUCUGGAAGCUUCCUUUUCCUUCCUCAGGUUUCACACCUCAAACCUACUUAGUUUUCAUGCUGGGGUCCUGGAGAGAAAAUAACAACAACAACAAAAAACUUAUGUUCAGUACUUGUAUGAGAUCAAACAAAACAAAACAAAAUCUGCAUACUUUGUUUUGAAUGAGAGGAAACCAGGGGGUUGGGGAAAGAAGAAGAAGAAGUCCUUCUUUUAAAGUAAGGAUAGCAGAUAGACCAUUCUGCAUAUUCUUCCCUGGAGUCUCUCUCAAAUGCAUCUUCAAACUUGCAACCAAGAUUUUAUUUAUUUUUUUUUUUUUAAAUUUAUACUCUGGGAUCCUUUAAGAGCCUGGCCUUCCUCAUUGGUCAUGAAUCCCUUAAAAGUGGAGCUGAGGUGACCCAAUCCCCCCAUUGCUUUUGCUCCUGAUGUGUCUCAGUGGUGACUUAGAUCUGCCUCUGAGUGACCACACAAUGACCAGAUGCUUCAAAGAAACAGGACCAGCACUUCUUCCUGGAGACCUUCCUUUGAUCUGUCCAUGGAGAGGGAUGUGUUGACGCUCUGUGGAUGAACACCUGGCCAGAAGCCACCUGGACGGGAAGUCACAGCCAUUGAAGGUACUGGCUGCUGUACCCCAUCAGUGGUUUUUCAAAUCCUGCUUGUUUUGGCAUCUCCUGCAACAACACUAUUCAGUUGCAGCUGAGAGAACUGGUGCAGUAUGUGUGCGCCAAGGAAAUGUCACUAAUCCCAAAGCAAUCAAAGAUGAGACCUCAAACUGGAUGUCAAUUUGUCCUUUGUGUAACAAUGUAACCAAAAUAUUGACUAUAAAACUCAUAAUUUAAGAUACAGAAUAAACGGGUUUGAUGUC